AUGGUUCCAACCUGGACCAAAGCACCCCCAAUGCAGGCGGUCUCAGAAAUCGAAGACAUUGGGGAGCAGAAUACCGAAAACCCAUUCCUUGACCAGGAAGUCGCACAGCACUGGGCUGAGGUCUAUGAGAAAUCCAAAUAUGAAGGUCGCCACGUCUUCGAGCCUACCAUGACAUGGGAGAAGGACGAAGAAAAGAAGCUCGUUCGAAAGCUUGAUUGGCACGUUUGUCUCUGGGCUUGUAUUAUGUAUUUCGCUGUUCAGCUCGACCGUGGUAACCUUUCGCAAGCUGUAUCAGACAAUUUGCUCAAAGACUUGCAUAUGAACACCAAUGCUUAUAAUUAUGGCAACAUGAUCUUUGCAGGUUCUUUCUUGGCAUCUGAGAUUCCAUCCCAACUUAUCGCGAAGAGGAUCGGACCAGAUAAAUGGAUUCCCGUCCAAGUCAUCUGUUGGUCUAUCGCUGCUGCCUCUCAAUCUGCUAUUACCGGGAAGAAGGGUUUCCUAGCUCUUCGAUGUAUCCUGGGCUUACUCGAGGGUGGAUUCACCGCUGAAGUGAUUCUCUGGUUAUCAUACUUCUAUACCUCCCAUGAACUCCCGAUCAGGUUGAGCUUCUUCUUCACUGGCAUGUCAGCUACUUCCAUUAUUGCAUCUCUUUGGGCGUACGGUAUUCUUCACAUGCGGGGCGUUCUCGGAUGGGCCGGCUGGCGUUGGCUCUUCCUCAUUGAGGGCUUAAUGACUUUGGUUGCUGGGCUUGCCUCGAUAUUCAUGAUGCGAGCAUCACCAGUUCAGACCAAGACCUUGUUUCAACCAAAAGGCUGGCUUAACGAACGCGAGACUAGAAUUGCUAUCAAUCGACUCCUGCGAGACGACCCUUCGAAGGGCGAUAUGAACAACCGACAGGCUAUCUCAUUCCGUGGUCUCUGGAAUGCCGCCUGCGACUACAAUCUCUGGCCCCUUUAUGCACUGGGUGUUGUUGCUCAUAUACCCACAUCACCCCCUUCGAAAUAUCUCACUCUGACUCUCAAACAUCUCGGGUUUUCCACCUACAAUACCAAUCUACUGACGAUUCCGCACUCGGUUGGCCAUAUAACGACCAUGCUACUGCUGACCUGGUUCAGUGAGCGCGUCAAUCAAAGAGCCUUCGUGGCCAUGCUUCAGCCUCUGUGGACCCUGCCAUGCAUCCUCGCCUUGCGCUUUUGGACAGGUGCCCAGAAAGCAAAGGAUCCCUGGCAAACAUACGCUCUCAUGACAGUUUUGCUCUCGUACCCCUAUUGCCAAGCCAUCAUUGUGGGCUGGUGCUCGAAAAAUUCCAACAACGUUGCUACUCGCUCUAUGUCAGCGGUCUUCUUCUCGAUGUGCGUACAAGUCGGUAGUAUCCUCGCCGAUAACAUCUAUCGCGAAGACGAUAAGCCGAAAUACCAUCGCGGAAACAGGAAUCUGAUUAUCAUCAAUCUUUUGGUGCUUGUUCUGUUCCUGUUCGCGAAGGGGUAUUAUGUCUUCCAGAACAAGAAGAGAGACAAGAUUUGGCACGCCAUGACUGCCGAGGAGCAGGUGAAGUACACUGUCGAAACUAAGGUGACAGGCGCGAAGAGGUUGGACUUCCGCUUUGCUCAUUAGAGUCAUCACCCCAAAAAGAAGGUUCGGCAACUGGACGAGUAUGCAUUUGCGACUUCGAUAGACGAAUGGACGUCGCGAGUGGUAGUCACACGGGGAUAGCAAUCAGGCUUCGUGUGCCAGUAUUUUGCUUCGAGAGAGCGUAUUUUCCCGUUGACCAGUUUGGGUAUAUGUCAUGGUCAAAAGAAUUGUAUAGCGUUAAGCGUGGAGCUUUUGGAGAAACACUCUUUUGGGGCGCGGGUUGAGGGCUGGGAGCCAUGACUUUGUCUACGUCUUGGAGUUGUUUCUUUAUCAUGACGGCGUUGCGGCUAGUGUUACACGGAGCGAAAAGAAGCCGUUCUUGUAGUGUGGUCUCUCCAU